CCCAAAACAAAGAGCUUCUCCCCACCCGCACCAGAACGUCACACCGAAAUCGAAAGCCCCCGGAUUACAGCACUUCCGUUUUCCAUCGUCAAGAAUAAGCCCGCCAUACAAAUUGUAUUUUCCUUAUCAUGGCGCCCGGUCAGAAGGCGUAUCCGCGAGGUACCGUCAAGAAGAUCAUCAAGGCUCAUUCCAACUGCAACCUGAGCAAGAAUGUCGACGUCAUGAUCUAUCUCGACUACGUCCUGUUCAUGCAGACACUUGUGAAGGAAGCGGCCAUCGAGUCCAAGAAGUCUGGAGAGAGAGGCAUCACUGCACGCAGCGUGCAAAAAGUCACAUCGGACACUCUUACGAAAUUCAGAGGUUGAUGAUCGAAACCCUUGACGAAAGAAUAGAUUCUGCAUAAAGCAUGUCACGGCAUGUUAUAUCGACACGGGCAUCCUACAGUGGUCCUCCCCAGCUACCCACCUCGGCGCAUCUGGCUUCAGCCACUGGAUGCUAGGGUCAACACACAACGCAUGCACCCACAGAACCAUCCGCACAGAGAAACACGACAUGAAAAGCCCUUGGUUGUUCGUCGAUGAACCAAGGCUGAUGUCUGUCACGGGCUGGGAUUCGACUUCAGAACGGGUGGCUUGGAGAAAUCGGAGUCGUCAUCGCUGCGAGAGACAUUGCGCCAACGGAUGGAACAUGGGGGUUGGAAGACGGGUUCAUCUGAACAGCGCCAGACGCUAAACGGACUUUGUGCGAAGAUUUGACUGGUUACAACGCGACGAACGGGAAUCCCAUCCACCGCUUGACGGCUUAUGUGUGUCCAUAGCCGCGGACUGCUAACCGAACAGCGGUUCAACAAGCAUUGACAGGCGUUGAAGAGCCGGCCGAUGCAAAUUAUUGCGGGGGAUUAGCGCGUUCAUUUAUUUACCUUGGGGUGGUGUCGGCCCUUGCAAGGCUGAGAUGCCCUGUCUGAUACGUCAUCCAACUGAGGCGGCCCGGAAGGUGCAAUCCGAAGUAGAGGUGUCGUAAGCUGUAGGAUGAAAAAGAUGCACGCGACCACGUAUCAAUGAAAGGCAUGCACCUGGAACUCGAUGUCAAUAAACAAUUAGGUAUAUACAUUGCUCAGUC